AUAUGUUUCGAACUAGUGUCGAUCAUUUGCUCCGAAUGUGUUUCUCCUUCCCCCCUAACAUACACGCAUUACUGAUCUAAUUCAACCAGGUUUUUUCAUCCUCAGAACAUAUGUGCUGUGGAACAAGAACAAAAUUGUACUCGGAGCCAUGCUGACCGCCUUUCUUGUGAGUCCCAUUCCCCAUCCACCCCAAACUUUUUGUAGAUACCUCAGUCAGGCUGUCAUCGUAGCAUCCAUCACCGUCCUCUUUGCCGCGACUACGACCGCACCAUAUGAGACCAGCCCGAUCCCGGGCAUCACGGGCUGCUAUCAGCCCUCAGGGACUGUUGAACUCUUCCUACCUUUUGUUCUUUUGUUUGCGCUUGAAUUCGGACUCAUCUCCCUCACACUCGUACGCGCGAUACAGAGCUGGCGGAGGACCAACAACCGACUGUUCGUCGUCCUGCUAAAGCAUAACAUAUUCUACUAUGCAUGCGGUCUGUUGUUUUCGGCGGCGAAUAUCCUCAUGUCGCUGCUCCUCAAUUACGCGUACAACUUCAUGUUCGAAGAUUUCCAGCUCAUCAUCCUCGCAAUCCUUGCCACGCGCAUGCAUCUCCAUCUGUGGCAUGUCGAUCGGUACAUACAUGACACUGACGCUUUCAUGCAUAUUCCUCUAUCUGACGUGUCAUCUGUGGACCACGCGAUGUAAAGUCGGCUUGCUUGAUUAUUCGGCGUCAUUCACGGAAUGAAGUUUGCAAGGUUUGCUUAGAUUUUUACCUGGGACUCGGUAGGGAUAUGACGAGGUGAGCUUGGUCUGGUUGAAAUGACUACGGGCGCAUAUUAGUCCACGACUCCAACCAUCGAAGUCUAAUUGAGAAUCGAUAGAAGCGAGGAAUGUCUUGCUUGGUUGUAUUAGUUUUGAUUUGACAUGCUUAUUAAGUCCAAUUACUUCAAGUAGUAGUACUCUCUUCAGAUCUUAAGCUUCAGCGCCAGCGCAUGGCCAUUCACCACU